AUGGCCAAGCAGUGCUUUGUGGCCAUGAACAGAAUCCGAACUACCAAGGGUUUCUUGCAAAUGAUUGAAGGACCGGAAGAUCAAAGUGUCCUGGAUGACGUGGGUAUUAGGGCCGAGGAAAAGGCCAUCGAAGACUUGGUGAAAGUACGGAUCAACGAGAAUGAUCUGGAGAAGUUCUUUCUUUCUCCGCCUCCAUGCACAAGUCUGGAACAUCUGAAUGAUCGCUCAAUAACACAAGUGUCUAUCUCAUCUCGAUGGGGUGUAAUCAUGAAAUGUUGUAACAAAUUUCGUGGGUGUCUAGCGCAAGUCGAAAAUCUACAUCCAAGUGGGGCGUCACAAGUUGAUAUAAUGCUUCAAGCAAAACUGUUAUACCAUCAAGAUGAAAACAAGCAUUUUCUUUUUGAACAUUGUUGGCCAAUCUUGCAAAACAAUAUCAGGUGGCAAGAUGUAACUCCUACGAACACGGUGAAGUCAAGAAUACAUACACCGUUUUCCCCUAAUUCAACCCCUAAUUCCCCUAUGAAUAACUGCAUUUCUCUUGAAGAUGACACCAGUCCAAGUGUUGGUAACAAUCCAACUGUCGAUGAGGGCAGUGUCUCUGCAAAGGGUAAAAGGCCGAUGGAUAGGAAAUCUGCAAAAGAAUUAUUUCGAAAAAAUCAAGUCGCUCAAGCUGAAGUUCAAAAAAUGGGCACACAAUUGGACACAUUUAACCAAUACCUUGCUGAGAAGGAAAAGAAAAAAGAUGAAAGAGAACAAAAAAGGAUUGAAGCACUGCAGGAGAUGAAAGAACUCGAGAUGAAAAAACAUGACUUCGAGAUCAUAAGACAAGAACAUGAGAUGAAAAAACAUGACUUCGAGAUCAUAAGACAAGAACAUGAGAUGAAAAAACAUGACUUCGAGAUCAUAAGACAAGAACAUGAGAUGAAAAAACAUGACUUCGAGAUCAUAAGACAAGAACAUGAGAUGAAAAAACAUGACUUCGAGAUCAUAAGACAAGAACAUGAGAUGAAAAAACAUGACUUCGAGAUCAUAAGACAAGAACAUGAGAUGAAAAAACAUGACUUCGAGAUCAUAAGACAAGAACAUGAGAUGAAAAAACAUGACUUCGAGAUCAUAAGACAAGAACAUGAGAUGAAAAAACAUGACUUCGAGAUCAUAAGACAAGAACAUGAGAUGAAAAAACAUGACUUCGCUUCACAAUGUAAUAUUAUUUUUUCAAUGUAUAAUGUCCACUAA